AAAGACGCAAACAUAACCUUUACAACAAGUUUGACAAGUGAGAAAACGUCGGGACUGCGAACAACAAAGUAGUUUUAAUUUAACAUAGAAUUAGUAAAGCGAUAAAUUAGUAAUAAUGAACUGGAGUUUAUUACUACUUUUGGUUGGAUACGUGUUUUAUAAUCCAGCUGACAGUGGAGCGGUGCAGUUGAAAAAUGAUAAUAUUGAUAUGACAUUAGCUUCAAAUGAAUUAGUGUUUAUUAACUUUUAUGCGGAUUGGUGUCGGUUUAGUAAUUUAUUGCAGCCAAUAUUUGAUGAAGCCGCUGAUUUGGCGCAUAAAGAGUUCAACCACUCUGGACAGGUAGUGAUGGGUAAAGUGAACUGUGAUGAAGAAACAGCGAUUGCAAAACGUUUCCAAAUCACAAAAUAUCCAACACUGAAAAUCAUUCAAAAUGGAGAGGUAUCGAAACGCGAGUACCGUGGCCAGAGGAGCAAAGAGGCAUUCGUCGAGUUUGUACGCAAUCAAUUGAAGGAUCCAAUUAAAGAGUUUGCUGCUUUAAAAGAUCUAGAAAAAUUGGAUACACGAAAACGAAUUAUAGUUGGAUACUUCGAUCGUCGUGAUAUGACCGAGUACUCCAUUUUCCGCAGAGUGGCCGCUAAUUUGAAGGAUGAUUGUCACUUUUAUGUUGGAUUUGGUGAUGUUGUAGCUCAAAUGCAUCCGCCAGGCGUUCCAAUUAUCGUUUUUCGACCAGACAUUGAUUUGUCUCAUGAUAAUGAUGAAACAUUCAAAGGUAGCUUCAAUUCAAUUGAUGAAUUGAAAAUCUGGGCACAAGAUAAAUGCGUUCCACUUGUUAGAGAAAUUACGUUUGAGAAUGCUGAAGAAUUAACUGAAGAAGGAAUGCCUUUCUUGAUCUUGUUCCACGCUACCGAUGAUACCGAAUCGAUCAAAAAUUAUAAAGCGAUUGUAGAAUCACAACUACUAUCGGAGAAACAAAAUAUCAAUUUCUUGACAGCUGAUGGCAAACGCUUUGCACAUCCAUUACAUCACUUGGGGAAACAACAAUCUGAUUUGCCACUAAUUGCUAUCGAUUCAUUCAGGCACAUGUAUCUCUUCCCCAAGUUUGAAGACAUGUACACACCAGGCAAACUGAAGCAGUUUGUUGAAGAUUUACAUAACGGCAAAUUGCAUCGUGAAUUCCACUAUGGACCCGAUCGAACCGAAGAUAAUCAAAUCACACAAGAUAAAGCAACGCAGCCACCAGAGUCAACAUUUAAGAAAUUGGCACCGUCAAAGAAUCGAUAUACAUUGCUGCGCGAUGAACUUUAAGUGCUAUUUAAUUUAUUUUCAAAUUGUAAAUACAAUUGGAGGAGAGGAGCUUCCAACACAAAUAUCUCAGCACUUACAACGUUUGAAUAGAAACAAACACUUUCCUCUUCUCUGUUUUUAUCAAAUCUCCUCUCCUUUGUAAUCGAACAAAUAGAUCGAUAAAAAUGCGUCUAGAUCCAAAUUGCAACUAAACUUCAAUUCAAUUUUUUACUUUUUAAGUGGUCUUUAACUGCCUCAUUGUAUCCCAUAGAAUUUGUAUACACAUCCAGUCUCUCGGUGUGAUGUAUAUUAGUGAACAAAUGCAACAAUGUUUGAUUAGAUUCCAAAACAUCAAGAUCGACAUUUUAACAUAUUUUACAAAAAAUUCUUUUUUUUUGCUUCCCUUUUUCCUAAAUCACAAAAGAACAAACAAUUGAACAAAUUUUUCUUUGUUAUUUUCCAGAAAUAUCAAUUUUAUUUCUCUUUAAUUAAAAAACUCUUAUCAAAAAACAUUGAUAGAAACUAAACUAUUGAAACUAUUUUUUAAAUCGUUUGGACGGAAUCGUUACAGAUCAUUUUACAAUAUUUUAAUUAAAUGGACGGUACGAAUGAUUUACAAAUAAAACAGUAAAUUUUUAAGGCACACGAUUGUGAUUUUUGACGAUCUUACAAAUAAAGUAACUCGAUUUGACCUCAAAUUGAUCGAAA